CUAUUUAAAAUUUUGUCUAACAAAGUAAGAGUUAUGACAUCUUAAAAAUCAAGAUAUAAAACUCACAAAUAUUUAAAUAUCUAAUUUGAAUAAUAAAUUAACUUCAAAUUCAAAUUAAACUAAAAGUAAAAGAUCAUUGUAAUAAAUUGUCAAUAACAGAAAUAAACUAACACCAAAUCACAUCAACUAAUUUUGGUUUCUUUUAUCAUCGUCCACUUCAUUUUUUUAGGUGGCAUAGUGAAAAAUCUUCAUCAAAAUCUAAAAAUUACAAAUAUAAAAUUGAAAAGGGAAAACCUAAUCUUUUUUUGUCAGCAUCUAAAUUUUUAAUUGAAAACUUAGAAUAUAAAACAUAAUCUAAAAACUAAAAAAAGAGUAAAAGUUAUUUAUUGGUUCAACCGGCGGUUCAACCGGUAUCGGAUUAUGGGGUUUAAUGGAUUUUUGCGGGUUUUUACGGUUUUUUGCGGGUUUUUAAAUAUUGGUUUUUUCAUAAAACCCAAACAGGAUUUUUUCUGGGUCACCGGGUUUACCGGUUCAACCGCGGGUUUGGGUCGGGUUUUAAAACACUGUUUAAACCACUAACAAUACAAUAAAAGAGUAUUAAGCUGACAAAAGAAAGAUAAACUUUGAGCAUUACUAAACCCUUUUUUUUGUCAACGAGCAUUACUAAACCUAAAACCAAAUCUAAAAACUCAAUCUUAAAGUUGAGUUGCAGUAUUUUUCUUUAUUAUCAAAGUUGAGUUGCAGUAUAUACGGUAAUUUGAUAUAACUUUGAGUAAUAAUUAUAGGGUAAAGACGGUAAAUUAUAUAGUAAAUUUGUAAUAGAAAUAUGAGUUACUUAUUUAUUAAAAUAGAUGAUGGUAACUUUUUGUUAUAGAAUAUGAGUUAGGUUUUAAGUUAAAAUAGAUUAUCACUUACAAAUAAUAAAAGUAUAAAUAAUAAUUUAAAUGUGACAAGAUAAUGUUGAUCAAUUACAAAUAAAUAAAAUAUAAAAGUUUAAAAACUAAAAACACCAAAUGAUAUACUUCCUCCGUUUCAUAAUACUUGAUGUUUUCUAGCACAAAGAUUAAAAAAAUUAAAUUUUCUAAAAAAAGUAUUAUAAAGAUAUAAUUUUAAAAUCAAUUAACCAAUUAUAAAAGAGACAGUAAAAUCUAAUUGGUUGAACAGUUUCCGAUAAAAUUAAAAUUAAUAUUAAAAUCUUAAAACUUCAUGUAAAUUGAAACAAAAUAAUCUUUUUAAAACAUCAUCUAUAUUAAAACAAAUGAAGUAUAAUUUUACCUUUGGUGUAAAAUUUAAUAUUAUUAUUGAAGAUGACAAAAAAAUUAUAACAUCAAAACAUUAAAUUUGGUAUAAUUUUUACAUCAAAUUUGAUGUCAUGAUGCUAUAAAUAUAGCGAAAGAAACAAGAUAUACAAUAAAUAGGACAACGAAACGUCGUCUUCUAGUUGGUUUAUUAAAUUAUUUUCUGCAGGGGAUUGCAGAGUAGAGUUCUUAAAACCUUCUGAAGCUUCCGAAUAUGGUGAUUAAGCAUUUCUUCAAGCCUCUUCUUCCUGGCUUCCACAGCCACUUGACAAUUCCUGUAGCCUUCUUGAAGCAUAUAGAAGGAACAAAUGAGCACCAUAAGGCGAAGCUGAGAUCAGACGCGUCAAAGAUAACCUGGGAAGUGAAAAUAGAAGAUGGCCGGAGACUCACUAAUGGUUGGAAAGAGUUCGCUCUUGCGCACGAUCUCCGAAUCGGCGACAUUCUCAUUUUCAGACAAGAGAAAGACCUGGCUUUCCACGUGACACUCUUGGGACCUAGUGGCUGUGAGAUUCAAUAUGAGUCGUGUUCAGAAGAAAAGAACAACAUCGGGAAUAUUCCAAAGAAAAAGAAAGUGAAGAAGAAUCCAAGAAAAGAAACGGAAUCUACUUCACUAGAUCCCUCUUGUUUUGUGGCUUAUGUCUCGCCCGCGACCCUACGUCAUGACAAACUGAAUCUUCCAAGGAGUUUUGUAAGGGCAAAUGGUCUAGAGAAAAGAUGUGGAGAUAUUGUUCUGAUGAAUGAAAAGUGUAAAUCAUGGACCCUAGCUUUAAAACAAGAGCUAUGUGGAAAUACUUACAUCAGACGAGGGUGGAGAAGUUUCUGUACUGCUAAUGGACUUAAAACUGGAAGUCUCUACUCUUUCAAACUAAUCAAAAGAGGGAGAUCUCCGGUUCUUCGUUUGUCCUCCACAGAGUCAGAGUUAGAAGAAGAGAGCUCAGAAGGUGAUGAGGUAGAGUCUCUUUCAACAGAACCGGAAAGUGAUGAAGGGACCACGACCAACUUGGAGAACAUUCAGAGGAAGAAGAAUCUAAACGGAGAUGCAGAGUCUUCUUCACUAGAUCACGCUUGUUAUGUGGCUAAUGUAACGCCUUCAAGCCUCCAAGAUGACAGACUGACCCUCCCAAAGAGUUUUGUGAAGGCAAAUGGUCUAGAGACAAGAUGUGGAGAGAUCGUUCUGAUAAAUGAAAAGGGUAUUUCAUGGAAGUUAAAUUUGAAACCAAAGAGAUCAUGUGGAACUAUGUAUAUCACACGAGGUUGGAGAAGUUUCUGUAGGGUCAAUGGACUUAGAGCUGGAAGUUUCUUCACUUUCAAACUUAUCCAAAGAAGAGGAACUUUGGUUCUACGUUUGUCUUCACAAUUCGAAAACAAAUUUGUGACAUUAACUCUUAAUCCUUCCAAUCUCACAAGUUAUCCACUGUUUCUUCCCUUACAUUUCACCAAGAGGCAUGGCAUCAACGAGAAAACUAAAAUGACACUGUUGGACAAAAACGGUGUCAAAUGGUUUACGAAUCUGCGGUCUGAGAAAACAAGUGAUAGAGUAAGAUUGGUAGGAGGUUGGCAAGACUUCUUUGAAGCUAACUGUGUGGAGAUAGGUGAAUCGAUCGUUUUGAAGCUGAUAUGGGAAGGAGACAAAAGUUGUGUCCUUAAGUUCUGGUCUAAUGUGUCCUUAAGUUCUGGUCUAAGGUGAAGCAUGAGACGGGAUGAAACUGUCUCUGAGUGUAAUAAUGUUUAAGCUUUUUGUAAGUCCCCACUGUGCAAGACAAAUUUAACUGAAUCAAGUGUUUGUGCUUUCUUUCUA